UUAUAAAUUGCUGGAUGGUAGAGGAGCGGUUUUUGUGCAUGAUGCUAUCAGUUGCAGUUACAGCCUGUCGCCACUGAAUGGGGGUUGAAAGCCACGUGUUCUGAGCCUUCUGCCUUCAGUCACGAUGGUGGUGCCCAGCAUGAGUUGGAGGAGGAGGGGCACUUUCUCUUGUGCGCUGACCUGGAUUGGGGUCAGCUCUUGCCUUCUGGUCACCCGGGGCCCUGGCUUGCUGGGGUUCCCCCACAUGAAAGCUUUCCCCCAUUAGAGGGUUUCCACUGCACGGGCAGUGGGAGUCCUGCAUGAUCCCCCGGACACACAGCCCCUCCCCGGCUCCUUCCUGCACCCACAGCAGCCAUCCCAGUCUCUAGGGGAGGGAGCGAAGUUCUCUCUUAACCCAUUCCAGCUCCUCCAAGGGGGGCUCUGGCCUCUCCACCCUCUGUCGUUUGGUUGCUGUGGGUCUCCGACGAUUUAUGUUAUUAGGAUUUUUUUUUUGGUUGGAAAGCAGUUACUCUUUUGGGUUGUAAUUUGGAGGGGAGAGAGUCCUGGGUGAGCUCAUGCUGCCAUGUUGCUGACGUCACUCUGGAGUAAUGCCAUUUUAUUGGUUUUGGUAAUAAUCUUAGAAACUUUGAAAAUCUCUUUUUAGUUAAUUUACAUCACAUUUCUGAGAAGAUUAAGAAUUACGUGAAGGAAAACCCACAACUUGUUGAAAAAAUAUCCAUUUGUGAAGAGAAGUGUCCCAUUUCAUUACGUUGUAUAACGGUCUAAAUUCAAAGCAAGCAUCUUAUAUGGAAGAUCAAUGAAGCAAAGAAACGUGCUCAAGAAAACAAGAGGCAAAACAAGGUUCUCUCUGAAGCACAUAAAUUUAAGGAGCUGACAAUGAAAGACAUGAGCGAGUGGAAAGAGAGAAGCAGCUCUCAGCGGCAGAGAAGAAAUUGAAAUCGGCUGCAGAAAAACCAGACAACUACAAGUGAGUUCAGCUCCUAAAUACAGGCUACUCAUAAAACCCCUGUUGGAUUUUUUUUUCACUUUUGUACAAUGUUUAGACCCAAUUCAUACACAAAUAUAAACAAUUGUUCAGAAGACAUUUGUAUAGAGAUUUCACACGAGAAGGAAAAAUGUUAAGUUUUACAAAUGCUAAGUUUAAACAUUAACUUAACAUUGAGUUACUAAAAGUUUCCUGAUCCCCAAUGCUGGCCAGACUGUGUGGAAACGUGGUUCACAAAAAUGUCUCUGGAGGUGGCAUAAACUGUUGUAAACCUUGGGGAAGCAGUUUGGUGUCAGAUGAAUCGCAUCAAUAAAUAUGAGCACGCCAUUUAAGAGACCCCCUUGUUGUAGCCCUGAGAAAUACCAUCAAGAUGUAAGGAAAAGAAGAAUCGAGCUGUAUGAUGAAAGAUGCUCAUUGCAGGAUAAAUUAGAGAGAUACUGAGAAUAGGUAAGGGAAUUCUAUCAGCUGAGAAGCUGGCAGGCAUUCGAUAAUAAAUAAGGAAACAAUGUAGCAAUCGCUUUGAUCCUACUGUACUUAUGUAACCACGUGUAAUGCAUCUUCUAGCAUUGGAUGAUAUGUAUAAGGGUACAGUUCAGAUAAUGGGAACAUGGGCAGAUUAUUUAAAAUCAUCCUCAGUAUUGUGCUUUAGAAAGCAAUUGUCACUCAUAGGCAACAAACUGAUCAAAUGCGGGAACAGGUGCAGCAGAGUCCACCUUCAGACACCAGGUAACCUGCAUUCUGCCCAAAGUUCCUGGAUCCUUCAGCACCCAAUGCAGAGGGUUACAAUGGCCCUUGGAAGCCCUAACACAGGGUUUUUGACAUGUUGGCUUUUCAGAUCGCUGUGCAUGAGAAGAAUGCUCAAGAUAAUUGGGUAAGUUUUGUUUUCCUUCCUUCCCUUUGUGCACAGUCCGCCACAACUGAAGCUGGGUGUAUUUUUCUCCCACAGAUCAAGGCUCGGAUUUUGGAGAGGGAGAUAGUGGAGCAGAGCAGGGGAGCCGCUCACUUGAAAUACAGAUUGGAGAUAAUGCCCAAAAAGAGGCUGCCUGAGGGAUACAGGCGGCACAAACCAAUUUCGGGAAGACCUGGGAUGCAGAACCCUGCACAGAGAGAUGCGGCACCCGGCUCUGCGGCUCCCCGGAAGGACAGCGGCUCCCGCCCCCCGGAGCAGGCGGCUGCAGCGGCGCAGCAGCAGGCCGCGGGCAAGAGGAAUGUUGAAGCAAGAGGGCCUCCUCCUUUCGAAGGACCAUCUGGCAUGGCCAGCUUUAUGGGGCUGCCCUUUGUUUCCGCUCACAGGCUCUGGGCCACCUCCACCUCCUCCACCCCGGUGGCCUCUAGGACCUCACCCUCCACCUGCACCUGCUCCCCUCGAUUUAGGAUUGUUUCUGGGGAGAAAUCUGACAAAAAUCCAGAGACAAGGGAGAUGCGUUCAGCUGGGACAUGAAUACACUAAAUACUAAGUAUCAGGACCUUCCGGGACAAUGAGCCGGGGACCCACUUUCAGAGCCAUAUUGGAACCACAGCCUGAGGUAAAAAGGGGAAAUGCACUCCAGCUCCUCAUGCUUUUAUUAAUUCUAGUGGUUAAUUUUGCAACCAUUAGUAGUUGAAAAAUAGAAGAAAAGAAAAUGAGAAGUAUUUGAAAAAUAUCAAAAACCUGACAGGUGUAAUAAAACUUACAUUAUUUCAAACUUAAAUAUUUCAUUUAUGCCAAAGGUGGAAUUUAUUAUAAUUUUAUCUUCAUGUCUUCAAUGGAAGCAAACUCAUCAAUAAUAUCUUAAAAAUAUACUUGUUACCUUGUCUCCUUUUCAAUUGCGCGAUUUCUCAUUUUAUAAUUUCUCAUAAUCUAUUGGCGAUCUUAAAUAGUUUUUAAUUAAUUUCAGCUUACUGAAACCUAAUUCACAGGACUUCACUGUAAAUUAUUAUUGUUAAAGGAAUUAUCAAGACCAUUCUAAAUUUGGAUAAGAUUGUACUCAGCAAUUUGUGAAUCAGGUUUAGAAGAAAACACAUGAUGGUAUUUUUUAACAUAUUAAAAUUGAUGCUUGCAUCCAUUGAUUCAUACAUUUUCCAUUUCUUUAGUUUUCUUUUUUGCUUAUUUUCUAAUUCAGAUAUUAUAUUCACGUAUCGUCCCAAGUUUUACAUUCAUCACACACACUUUCAAGGCUCCUUUCUCUAAUUUGUUGUAAGAAAGGAGAUAGGUCUUCUAAUGAGCAUUCAGCUUUAUAUAAAGUCAUGAUUUUUGGUUGUAGAUCUUUAUUAAAUUUUUCCACUGAGUUCAAAAUAUCAUCCCACAAAGACAAGUUACAUAAAAAAAUGGAAUCUAUUUGUAACAGUACGAUUUGAUUUCAUCAUAGUAUAUUUCUUCAUUUGAUAUUUUAUGUAUAUGUAUAUGUUGAAUAUAUAUAUAUUAGACAUAU